AUUGUUCUUUAUAAUUUUCGUUUGAUUUCCUCUUCCCAAAGUUCCGAGCGAGCGAGAGAGAAAGAGGAUUGGAGUUUCAGAAGACAGUGAAACCCUCGUUCACGGGCUUCUCUUCUCCUCAUUUCCUCUCCCUUUCUCUCUUAUUAUUUUCUUUCCUUCAAUUCAAUUCUUCUCCUCUACAAGCUUGAUUACUGAGGCCCAUGAAGCCUUUUUGAUUUCUUUUUGGGGGAAGAUUUUGCGUUCCUUGAUCUGCUGUUCAAUAUAGAUGGAUUUCGUUGAAUUAGAGGCGAUCGAAGGCCUUCGUUGGUCAUGGAGCGCGUGGCCGGCUUCCAAAUCCGAAGCUUCGGCUCUGGCGAUCCCUUUGAGCAUCAUGUGUACUCCAUUGAUGCAAUUCAACGAGCUCCCUCUUCUCCCUUAUGAUCCUCUCAUAUGUAAUCGUUGCGGUGGUGCUUUGAAUCCUUACGCCCGUGUCGAUUACAAGUCCCGCCUUUGGGUUUGCCCCUUUUGUUAUCAAAAGAAUCCAUUCCCUCGUUCUUAUGCUGGAAUCGGAGAGAAUAGUCUUCCUGCUGAGCUUUUCCCAACUUACAGCACUGUCGAAUACCUUCAUGCUCGGAAGAACCCAUGUCCCACAUCAACUCCCAGUUCUAGUUCGAAUUGGGUUCAGAAUGGGUUGCUGUCUUCUUCUUCUUUGGUUUCUUCUUUUUCUUCGUCUUCUUUGUCUGGUGUUGAUUCACGGGUUAGUGGGCCUGCGUUUGUGUUUGUCAUCGACACUUGCACUCCAGAAGAGGAACUUCGGGCGCUCAAGAAUGAACUGUUGCUUGUUGUGGAUCAGCUACCAGAGAAUGUGCUGGUUGGGCUGGUCACAUUUGACUCCAUGGUUUUUGUUCAUGACCUUGGCUUUGCUGACUGUUUCAGGGCUGUAAUGUUUCAUGGCGAACGCCAACUCUCUUCUGAUCGGAUCCAGGAGUUGUUGGGCAUUUCCUAUCCUAAGCAUGAACAAUGUGGAAAGUUGUCAGCUAUCCAAAAGCAGGGCUUUCUGCUUCCACUUUCUGAAUGUGAGUUCAACCUCACCACAAUAAUUGAAGAGAUCCAUUCUUCAGUGCAGGCGUUGUCUGGCCAUCGUCCUCUAAGAUCCACUGGAGUGGCUAUUUCGGCUUCCAUUGGACUCUUAGAAGCAUGUUUAUCCAAGAUAGGUAGUCGAGUCAUGGUUUUCACAUCUGGUCCUGCGACUGUCGGCCCUGGGAUAGUAGUAAAGUCUGAUUUGGGCAAUACCAUCCGGACCCACCGAGAUCUUGUUAAUGGUCAUGCCAAGUUUUAUGAGAAAUCCUGCAACUUCUACAAGCAGUUAGCUCUGAGGUUAUGUGAUUCAUCUAUUGUCCUUGAUUUGUUUGCUUGUUCUCUUGAUCAAGUUGGAGCAGCAGAGUUAAAAGCCCCAGUUGAGAGCUCAGGUGGCUUCAUGAUGCUGGGGGAGUCAUUUGAAUCAGAUCAGUUCAGAAAUUGCUUAAGACACAUUUUUAGCCGUGAUGCUGAUGGCCACCUAAAGAUGUGCUUUGAUGCGACAGUGGAAAUAGUAACCACAAAAGAGGUAAUGAUCUGUGGUGCCCUUGGUCCUUGUGUUUCUCUUCAAAGAAAAAACAGUGCAGUGAGUGUGAAUGAGAUUGGCCAGGGGGGUACCAAUUUGUGGAAAUUGGGUACACUUACAAACAAGACAUGCAUCACAUUUUUCUUUGAAGGGGGUGAUGAGCAAAAAAUACCACCUGGGUCAGCGUUCUUCGUUCAGUUCAUAACUCGGUACCAGGAUGGGAACAUGGGACUUCGUUCACGGGUGACAACUGUAGCCAGAAGAUGGGUUCUGAUCCGCUCACCAGAAAUUGCCUCUGGGUUUGAUCAAGAAACAGCUGCUUCAGUCAUGGCCAGACUUGCCAUCCACCGAGCUGAGCGAUUUUGUGCUCGAGAUGUUAUCAGAUGGCUGGAUAAGACAUUGGUUCAAUUUGCCUCAAAGUUUGGGGACUACAUUCAGGAAGACCCGUCUUCAUUCCGAGUGGCUUCCAACUUCUCCUUGUACCCGCAGUUCAUGUACUAUUUAAGGAGGUCACAGUUCAUCGAUGUCUUUAACAGCAGUCCCGAUGAAACUGCAUUCUUCCGGCUGAUGCUUAACAGGGAAGGGGUGACUGGGUCCAUGAUCAUGAUUCAGCCUACCCUUUUCCAGUACUCCUUUGAUGGUCCACCAGUUCCAGUCGUCCUUGAUGUUAGCUCCAUUUCUCCAGAUGUAAUUUUGCUUUUUGAUUCGUACUUCAAUGUGGUUAUUCAUUAUGGAUCUAAGAUAGCACAGUGGAGGAGGCUUGGUUAUGACAAGGACCCAAAUCAUGUGAACCUGAGUAAACUGUUGGAAGCUCCAGAGAUCGAUGCAGCUCAAGUGGUAGCGGAGCGCAUUCCAGUACCCAAACUUAUAAAGUGUGACCAGCACAGCAGCCAGGCAAGGUUUUUGCUUGCCAAGUUGAAUCCUUCUGUUACCCAGAAGUCCAUGUACACAGUUGGCUCAGAGAUCAUAUUUACAGAUGAUGUAAGCAUACAAGUAUUUAUGGAUGAUCUGCAAGCAUUGGCAGUGCAAGGGUGAAGAAGAUGGAGGUCUGUCCUUUUUAUUUUUGAAGUACAAAUCAUUUUAUACUGCUUUGGAGAAUGAAAUUGUAGUUGUUCAUUUGUAAGAUAGUUCCGUGGUUCUUAUUGUUUACAGGUGUUAGUACUGCAAAAUUUUCUUUUUCCCUGUGGAAAUGUUUCUAUUUCUUAUUGCUUGGGGUCCAAAAUCUGCACUGACAGGAUAUGUUAUGCCAGGCUGAUGUGGUGGAGCAUUUGGAUUAUCUAUUUAUGCAGCUGACUUGUCAUCGUCAGCCCUUAUUUUGUAGGACAUGUGCAACUGAAGUCUGCGUGCAUUAUGACCCUCCCCAUUGAGGCAGGAUCUUGGCGCAACAGUAAGGUUUCUCCAUUGUGACCUUUUGUCGCGCGUUCGAGUCCGGAAACUGCCUCUCCAUGAAGUGGUGUAAGGCUGUGUACAUUAUGACCCUCCCCAGACCUGGCAGUGGUGGGAGCUUCCUGCACUGGGUACGCCGUUUCUUAUAUGUGCAACAGAAGUUGGCUUCUCGUCUGAGGUUGUCUUGCUGCAGUGUCCAGUCAUAUGCAUGUUUAAUGAUCUUCAAGCAUUUGGGUCUGUGGUUGUCUUGCUGCAUGGUCCGGUCAUGCACUUGUUUAAUGAUCUUCAAGCAUUUGGGACCGAUAGAGCCUCUGCUCCUUGGAAGUGAAGCCUUAUGGAUGUGAAUUUUCAAGAAAGAGAAUUUGAAAGAACCUCACUGAAUGAACUUCAGUUAUCAUCCUGAAAAUCGAAUUUCUCAUGAGUGCUUUUCUAAUGAAAGGGUCCGACGUCAAUUGAUUCCUCCAUUGCACAAGUUGGUCCUCAGUUUGUCUUCCUAAAUCCAAAGGUGGCUUGGGGCUGCGUUGAGUCAAGAACAUGAAUCGGGCUGGCAUCCUUAAUCUUGUGUGAAAAUUGGCUUCCAAAGCUAAAAGCAUUUGGGUUACAUGGGCCUACUCUCGGUAUUUAAAGGAGAUUCUAUAUGGACUGUCGCUGCACCCAGGAUUGGUCGUGGGCCUUGGCAUCAGAUUCUGAAGCAUGGAAGCAUUGCUGCUAAUGUAAUCUGGUCUAGGAUUGACGAUGGCUCCUCCACUUCCUUGUGGCUUGAUAGUUGGCAACCCUAUGGGGUUUUGAUCCUUACCUAUGGAGACCGAAUAAGGUUUGAUACAGGCUUGAACAGGAUGGCCCUUGUCUCUGAUAUUAUUCUUGAUGGGGAUGCAGUAACUUGGAUGGAGAUAAGCUCGGGAUUCUUCUCUUUUGCUUGGGAUUUGGUCUGCCCUAGAGCCCCUGUUGUUCCUUGAAACAACAUUGUCUGGUUUAAAGGAAACAUCCUUCGUCACAGCUUCAUCGCCUGAAGGGCACUCACACUUUCUCUCCCCACUCGGUGCUUCCUCCGGGAGAGAGGAAUCAUAUCCUCUUCCAACUGUUGCCUUUGCUGGAAUGGGCAAGAAGAUGUGCCUCACUGCCUCAUCUCUUAUUUUUUUUGGUCCUUUUCGGCUUCUGUCUCAUUCAGAAUGCACUCACUCUAUGUGCCGCCCCACCAUCCCUUUUGAUUGAAGUGGCAAUGGAUCCGAUCAUAUUUUGUUGGUAAGACCGUGUGGGACAGAUUGGAAAGCAAGUCUUCUGUGCGGUGAUAUACCACUUCUGGAGAGUGACAUCAUACGAUGGACAUCGAAAUCCUGAACUGUAAAAGCAAAGAUUUGGUCCAUUCUCUGGCACUUGGGACUCCUUCCCUAGGAACCAGCACAUAUGUCUUCUAGGAACAUAGUCCUUCAUACUCAAGGGAGGGAGACCUCUUGAUUUGUAUCAGUUUCUUUCCUUUCUUUUUGCUCCUCCUUCCAGGGGUGCUCCGUGUUUGUAUUCUUGGGGUUGUUGAAUAUGAAUUCUUGGGUUAGGUA